ACUGUAAUUUUUUUCUCAAAUCACUGUAAGACAGUGAAGGGAGGGGCAAAAUGACAGGAGGUUUGGUCAUUUUUAAAUAUCACGAAGGAAACACUCAGCCAGGUAUGUGUGCUGCGUGCAAACAGAGCUACAGGUCACUUACUAUGGACAUUAUGGUUAUAUGACCUGUUUUCAUCUGUUUCUGCAAGGGUAAAUAACAAGAAAAUUGUCAAAGAUUUAAUAAAAUCAAAUUUGCAACCAAAUAUCAUAAACUUUAUAAGUCUGAAGACUGGUUGACAGAGCAGGCCACCUUGAAAUUUCACUCCCUCUAAGCCAAAGGCUCAACUACAUCUUGCAAGAUGGAUAAGUUUCGUAUGAUGUUCCAGUUUCUCCAGUCCAACCAGGAGUCUUUUAUGAAUGGGAUUUGUGGCAUCAUGGCACUAGCAAGUGCCCAGAUGUACUCUACAUUUGAGUUUAGCUGUCCCUGCAUGCCAGAGUAUAACUACACCUACGGUAUCGGACUGCUGAUCAUCCCUCCCAUAUGGUUCUUCUUGUUGGGUUUUGUUAUGAACAAUAAUGUAUCGGUGCUCGCCGAAGAGUGGAAGAGACCAACUGGGCAAAGGACAAAAGAUCCAACAAUCCUGCGCUACAUGUUUUGUUCAAUUACCCAGAGAUCUUUGAUCGCUCCUGCGCUCUGGGUGUCAGUCACUCUCAUGGACGGGAAGAGCUUUCUCUGUGCUUUUAGCAUCAACUUGGAUAUUGAAAAGUUUGGGAAUUCCAGCUUUAUUAAAGGGAUGUCAGAGACUGAGAGGAUUCGACUCCUGGCCAGAAUUCCCUGCCAAGACCUGUUUGAGGAUAAGGAACUAAGAGUGGCAGCAACGCGUUACAUCAAGUGUAUAUCACAGGCCUGUGGGUGGAUUUUUCUACUCAUGAUGACAUUCACAGCUUUUCUCAUCCGGGCAAUCAGACCAUGCUUCACCCAAGCCGCCUUUCUCAAAACCAAAUACUGGUCCCAUUACAUCGAUAUUGAACGCAAGAUGUUCGAUGAGACGUGUAAGGAGCAUGCCAAGAGCUUUGCCAAAGUGUGUAUCCACCAGUACUUUGAAAACAUCAGCGGAGAAAUGCAGCGCUUCCACGGCCAUCGCUCCGGCAAGGAGGAAAGCGGCGAUGAAGAGGAGGACAAGAGAAGUGAUGAAGACAAGCUGCUAGGCAUUAGGGCCCAGGAUGAUAUGAACAAGGUUUUGUGGAACUGGCACACGUGUAAGCCAGCGCUGGCUCUGAGAAAGGACCAGAUGGAUGAGGAAAACAAUAGUAAGCUGAAUGGAAAAAUAAACGGAGCAUUUAAUGGGUUUGCAUAUGGACACACCCAUGAGGCAGAAAAAAAGGAAUGGGCAGUGUAUUACAGUAAGGUUUGAAGGACACUGCGAUAACACAGUUGCAAAUAAGCUUGUAGACAGUUAAUGAAUUGUUCCUUCUACUUAGAAAAUUGAAAGAAAAAUGUAUAUGAAAUACUCAAAGUACAUAACCAUUGCUUAUUUUAAUGCCAUUUUUAAAUAUUCGGCUUUAAUAGGACUUUCUUUUAAUAUUUUAAAGCAAUUUUUGCCUAAAUUUCCUUGAGAUGUCUAACUGUUUUUUAAAACUUUCUUGGUUUUUUACCAUGGUUCCCAUCACUUUCAUCAUCAUCUUCAUCAUUUUACUUCAGUGUCUCAGACCCUUUCAGAGAAAUGUCUUUUGUUAAACUGCCUCACUCUGUACUAUGAAUUAAUAACAAAAGCAAGGCUUUCAAAUUCAAGGUAUUUAUUAUGUUCUUUCAGCACCGAAAAGAAAACUAAACAAGAUUAAUUUUAAUAUGAUCUGACUCAUAAAGUGAUCUCCAAAAAGCUGAAAUCUCUGAAAUGAGAUUUGGUUUAAGAAAGAAACUGAGAGGCAGAUAUAGCAUCUAACAUAUAAACAUAUUUUAACAUGCCUAAAUAACAAUUUGAUUAUUUUUUUAAAACACAUGACCAAAGACUCAGAAGGAACAAACUGCACAUAAAGCUUUGCUCUUAGAUCUAUUUUUAUUCCACAUCAAAAGCAAAAUUUUAACUCUGUUGUUAAUUUCUACUGUACAUAAAAGGAAACCUCUGCUUUAUUAGACAAACUAAUGCAAAGAGAAAUUCUAGGCUUGAACAGUUAUUUCAAAAUCUCAAAUUGACAGUAGAGAAUAUGGUGACAAAGUAACCAUGUUUUAUUUUCAGACUCCAAAAUUAGACAUUUAAGAAAACAGCAGUAUGUCCAACAACAUGAAGAUAUUUUUUUUCUUGACAUUGCUCUAAAAAAUAAAAGUUUUGGAGUCAUUAAUAUUUAAAUCUGAUGAAAGGUUGAAAUAGCAACAGUUUUGUCACAAAAAGCUUACAGUGUAUGAAAAAAGUGUAAAUUAAGAGAUUAAAUCUUUCUUUAGGUCUUCAUUUGUCCUUUUUGCAAUUACAUUUUAUCUGCUCAAAAAAAUAUUAAAAAAAACAGUGCAGGGAAUUAGUGCAAUAAAAGUAAAAUUAUAUAUAUAGGUUUAAAACAUAAAGGUACUAAAGAGUCUAGAUUCUUGCUUGUCAGCAAUUUCGCAAUGCUCUUUUAUUUGAUAGUAUAAAAAACAGUGUUUGUCCACUAAUUUCUGUUGUCACAUGUAAGCUUUGGUAAUAGCUAAAUAUUGUAUUAAAUUUGCUUUGUGUGCAGAAAAUAUUAUAGCUUAUGCAAAAGUCAUAGUAAGAGGGUCAGUAUCCAUUCUUAGCAGGGUUAGGUACCCCAUAUUUGUAUCCAUAUAAUGUUGUAAAAUAAGAGACUUUCCACUGGAAGUUAGAUGUCUGGUAUUCAACAUCAGGAUAUAAUGAGCAGUUCAUUUUUCCAGAAUAAUAAAACUAUUUGACAAUUAAUGACAGUUUAGUUAGUAAUUGUUCAAUUUGAAACUUGGGUUUAGUACAUAUUACCACCAUUUUGUUUUUGGGCAUGACAUAACAUUUGUUAAAAGCUAAUGUACUAUUAAAGAGCCACUCUGACUAUUUGUAUCAACAUUCUGUCCCAGAGAGAGUGUAGUGUAGGAGCAAAAUAGCAAAGCGCUUCCAUUGGAGCGAACUUUAGCCAUAAGACGAUAACUUGCCAAAAUGAAGUUCUCUUACAGACAGAAUUAUAAAAUUAUGAGUCUCCUACAUCUUCACCAGAAACUUUGUUUUGUUGAGUAGCUAUCAUUUGCCCUGAUGGUUAAAAUGGAUGUAGGUUGGGGCUAGUAGAGGAGGUAGCAAGAGGCGUAGCUUAUCACACUUCUUCUUUUGGUCUACAGACAGUGCUAGUAGCGCCACCUAGCGGUGACAUUUCAAUUAUUACUCUUUUAAAUUGCUUGCCAAAGUCUGCCACCUUGAAAUCUAGGUUACCUAUAACACCUAGAGUAUAAACAAGAGAACGUUCUGCCUCCUUCACUGCUUUUUUAGCUCGUGGGGUUUUCGCUGUAGUUGAUGUAAUGAGCAGAAACACAGAACGCUUAAAGUGACAUAAACAUUAGCAUCAUAUUAGGAUUGAAAAACCUUUACAAACCAAAAUUUGUCAUAGUUUUAUUUACAACACUCAAAAAGUGUUGGCGUUUGGUUCAAGAAUGCUAGGAUGCUAACUAGCUUCUAGCUUAGUUAUCUUAACUUCCAGUUCAACUUUAGAACAAAGUAAAAAUUAAUGAAAAAAUUUAAAAACAGGUGAAAUUAAUAAUACCCAAGUUGUUUUGUUGAAAACAACUCGUUUGUUCCUAAAUUGUUUGUUAACGAUGGAACUUCAUGUUAGUUUUCGUAUUCUAAUUUGAUUUAAUCUUUUCUUUUCAAUGAAAGCAAUAGCCACUAAUUCAUUUACCUCUAAACAGAAUACAUGUUAAAGUUAGAGGAUUACUGUCCAUUUGCCCCUUUUAACACAAAUUUUUACUAACGAGCGUUUAAUAUUGUUUAACUAAAAUAAGAUUUGAAGGGAAACGUGUUAGGAAAGCAAGUACGUAGGAGCAAAGAGCUCUUACUUAAAACCUAUUGAAUAAUUACCCAGCAGCAAAUCUGAGCACUCCUAAAAACCAGAGAGACAGAUAUAGUGGUUUGAUUUCAAGUACUGUGUCUGAAACAAUACAAAGUAAAAAAUGACAUCAGCAACAUAUUUAGAAAAGAAAUGCUGCACUAAAUCGGUCUAGGAAAGCUUUAAAAUGCACUUGCAAACAACUGAAUUCUGUUAUUCUACACUGAAAGGUUGUUAAUAAGUGAGAAUAAUACCCAGAGGAAAAAUGUAUCACUCAUGAGACAUAUUUGAGUUUCUCAUCUCAGCCCCAUUUUAGUUUCUGUUUUGUCUCGAUUUUUUCUGCUGUGUUUCUCCUACUAGGAUAAAUAAUGUGAAAUGUUAGCAAUAUAUAAAAAAUAUAUAAAUUUUUUUAAUGCUUUGAAGAAUAUUUAGUUUAAGGCUUCCCAGAAAAGAUUAUGUAAAUUGUAAGUAAAACCAUCUUGACCAAUUGAUUUUCCUACUGACAUUUCUUUUACAACAACAUCUAAUUCUUCUAUAUGUAUUUCAGAGUCACAUAAUGUUUAGAAUGUGGAGUGAAUACUAGGAGUGUUGUGUGUAACACUAUUCAAAAUGGAUAUUGUAGCUGUGAUGAGAGUAGACUGAGUUCAUAGAGAGAGCUCUCAGAUUUCUGUAUGUCCGAUCACAAAGAGAAACAAAAGUUGAGAAAGUCUGACAAUGAUGUUACAGCUUCUUGAAAUUUGUGCAACUUGAAAGGAUUGUAGAGAGUUUUUGCUUUGCGCUGUCAGAGCAUAAACUGAACCUGGGAUGAGAUUAGAUUCAGUUCAUAGAAAGAGCUCUCUGACUUUUCUGCUUGGGAUCACAAGGAAACACAAACGUGGAGGAAUUCGGAGAAUUAUAUCUGAGCUAAGAUCUUUUAUGAACCUUGAAAGGAGACUAAAUCGAACUGUAGGACAUCUUAUUACUCCAGAGAAAAUAACGGAGACACAGGAGAGAUAAACCAACCUUAGUCUCAUUGUUGUGUCACACAUAUCUCAUAGUUGACAAGGAGAGGUACAUGAAACAUUUUGAGAUCUUAUUUCAGUUUUUCCUUUCCUCUGGGUCUCGAAAUUCCCAGGAGUUGACAUCCCUUACAAAUCCACUUAAAGGCCAGAUAGUACAUUGUUUACCAAUGUUGAAAAAAGAAAAAACAGCUUUAUCUCAGUCUUCAGAUAACAAGAAACAAUAGUUAAGAUGGGCAGAAUGAGCAGUACCAUGUUUUAAAGUAUUUCGGCUCAAAUGUCAAACCCCCUGUCAAGAACGGUGGUUGAGAACUGAUGGUAUGGGCUGGGUUAGCAGGCAUAUGAUGUAAACACCUUGCCCAACCAUUACUAAAGUAUAAAAUGUGAGAUAAUUUGCCCAACACAGAAAAUUGUGUUUUUAAAAGGACAAAAAUGACAAAGGCAUAGCAAAUCCAGUUCAGAAUAUAACUGUUGAAAGUGUCUAUUCAAAGCUCAAAAUUCAGAAGGCUUUAAGUGCUGUAAUGGAACUUUAAAAGGCCGUGCUAAAACAAAUGUAUGCAAACCUCAAUAAAAGCUAUAAUUCAACAAC